AUGGACGAAGAAAUUAUUGAAGCACAAAAGGAAAAUGAGAAAGAGCUGAAAAACGAUUUAGAUUUAGCCAAUGGGCGUAAUAAUGAUUUUAUGCGACAAAUCCGAUCUUACGCUCAGCAAGUGGAAGAUUAUGAGAAAACGAUAAUGAAAUUUCGUCAGCGUGUUGCUGAUCUGAAUGCUGAAAUCCAAGAGCAACAGGAUCAAGUAAGCUUUAGAAUCUUCAAAUGUUUAUUUUGCUAUUUUGAUCAGUGA